AUGCGGUUGCCUUCGUUAGAAUUCUCCGGUGGGGAUUUCCUCGGUAAAGCCUCCCAUGAUAUUAACUUCUCAGCGUCUGUAUCGGCGGGAUAUGCUAUAUCUGAAAACAGUCGCUUUGAGAACGUCGUACAACUGUUAUUCCCACAUACCGUACAGCUCCGUACCACACACAGGCUUUCCGCAGAUGUGCAUCGUAUUUAUCAGCUGGAUCUGUCCAAUGGAUAUCAACUUGUCGUCAAAUUUUCUCCGCCGCCAGCCUUACCGCUGCUACGAAGAGAACAACUCUCGCUAGAAACGGAAGCGCAUGCUCUCACAAUACUGGCACAACUUGGCCAUCCAUGCAUACCUAGACUCUUUCGCUAUAUGCCUUGUGAUCCCUCGUCCAGUGCCUCUUUCCUUGUGAGGCAGUACAUCAAUGGCACCCUUUUACCUGAAAUGCGGAGCCAGCUGUCCCCAGGAGACUGCCGGAACCUCGAUAGACAUCUGGGAUCGCUGGUACGGGCCAUCAGCCAACAGGUAUCGACAUCCUUUGGCUCCCUAGGCCAGGCCGCCGCAGGAACAGGAAGCUCUUCCUGGCGGGAAUCAUUCAUAUCACUCUUUGAGGAAGUGCUCCGGGACGCAGAGGACAUGAUGAUCCAUCUCCCGUACGAUCAAAUCCGGAGAGAAAUUUCCCGACUAGGUCCGGCUCUUGAUGAGAUCACAGUCCCCAGGUUAGUGGUUGUCAAUUUCGGCCGUCCAUCAGACGUGCUCCUAGAUCCCAACUUGAAACAACUAUCUGGGAUAUUGGACCUUGGAAGCGCUAUAUGGGGCGACGUCCUGAUGGCCGAGAUGUUUGAGGCUCCCUCGGAUGCCUUUCUUGCCGGGUUUGGGCCGAUUCCCUCGAGCGGGAGGUAUCAAUCUAUGCGUUCAAUGCUGUAA